GUCUUUUCACUGUUUUUUUUUUUUUAAAAAAAUGAACAAUAAAGAGGUCUGCUACGUCCAUAACUCUACGUCCUGAAAUGCCCGUUAACCAUUUUAUCAAAGUAUAUAAUAGUUCAUCACGUAAUUGUUAAGAUAAUUUCAUUAUUAAAUCAUAUGAAAUAUUUAUGAGACGGGGUUUAGAUUUAUAUAGGAAAAAACACCUUUGACAUGGUCCGUUUGGAUUUAUAUAGAGAAGCUUUUGAUUAUAUAUUACAGUUAAUAGUUUUUUUCCAUGGAAAACCACCUGCACUGAGGAGUUUUGUCUUGUUAUGUUCUGGACGUUGACAUAUCCUUGGAUCACCCGUACAGCAUCUCGUCGCUCCAUAUAAAAAGUUCUCUUUGUGCUAAAUAAUGUCGUUAAGUUGUACUACAUAUAAUUGAGAGUCUGAAGUCUCAACAAGAACCAGCUGUGUUUUUGUUAGCAGAAUAAGAAGCCAAGGUCUUGCCUUGUGCAUAUCUGUAACAAGAAAAGUUUUGAUCUCUCUCUCUCUGUCAUACUAACUCAGAAAGCCAUUUUGUCAGACGUUGGCUCAAAGAAUGUCGAUGUCGUCUAAAGAGAGAAGAAGAUGCUCAAGCAGCGAAAUGGCCUCUGUUUCAAGUACCAUCUUUCCAGUAUUUGGCACCCCCAUCUUUGAUGUAGAAGGUUACUCCAACCUAAGAAAACACGUCAUUGCUCCCUAUGACCGUAUAUAUCAAUUGUGGCAAACGUUCGUGGCGGCUUUGGUAGUGUACUCUGCAUGGGCAUCUCCAUUCGAGCUAGCUUUCAGAGAACUGUUGGUUGGGUCAUAUUUGACUGUUGUUGAUCUCCUUGUUGAUGCCUUCUUUGCAGUUGAUAUAAUCCUUACUUUUUUUGUGGCUUACUUCGAUACAUCAACUUAUCUCCUCGUCGACGAUCAUAAGAAGAUUGCUCUCAGGUACGUCAAAAAGUUGCACUUCCCCAUGGAUCUAGCCUCCACUCUGCCAAUUGAGAAGAUAUAUCAAAUUCUGACGGGCAAGCCAACCAGAAGCGAGGUAUUUGGUUUCCUAAUUAUGCUAAGACUCUGGAGAUUGAGGCGUGUUAGCGAACUCUUCGCGAGGCUAGAGAAAGACAUACGAAUCAAUUAUUCUGCAACAAGAUUUUGCAAACUUAUAUGUGUUACACUAUUUGCAGCACACUUCGCAGGCUGCAUGUUUUUUUGGUUGGCUGUCCAGCACAAGACACCGAAACACACAUGGAUCGGGAACAAAACACAGGAUUUUCAUGAAUUGGGCGUCGGGUUGGGUUACACUUAUUCUGUGUACUGGUCUGUUUCAACCCUUACCACCGUUGGAUAUGGAGAUUUUUAUGCAGUAAAUUUAACGGAGAUGCUUUUCUCCAUUUUUUACAUGCUUUUUAACAUCGGCCUCGGAGCAUAUAUUAUUGGAAACAUGACAACUCUGUUGGUUCAUAGCUCUGUCGGAACCUUUGCCGUGGCUUCACAGAGGGAUGUCUUCAACAAAAUAUUACAGUAUGCAAACAAAAAUAGACUCCCGGGACGAUUAAAGGAGCAAAUAUUGGCACACAUGCAAUUGAAAUUUAAGACUGCAGAGUUACAGCAAGAAGUGUUACAAGACCUACCUAAAACUAUAAGAUCCAGUAUUGCUCAGCAUCUUUUCAAAAACAUUGUUGAAACAGCAUAUUUAUUCAAAGGAGUUUCUGAUUAUUUUAUCACCCAGCUGGUCUCAGAAACAAAGGCAGAAUACUACCCAUCUAAGGUUGACAUUAUCUUGCAAAAUGAGAUGCCAAAAUAUUUCUACAUCUUGUUAUCUGGGUCACUGGAUGUGUUGAUAUACAAUACUGGGUCUGAACAGUUUUUAUUCGAACUUGAAUCUGGAGACAUGGCAGGAGAAAUAGGUGUGAUGUUUAAUAUUCCACAACCUUUUACAGUAAGAAGUAGAGGGCUCUCCCAGGUCAUACGAAUCAAUCAUCAUCACUUCAAGCAGAUGAUGCAACCAUUCAGUGACGAUGGGAAGGCAAUCAUGUACAACUUUAUUCAGCAUUUGAAGGGCCUCAAAAGCAAGGUGCUAGAAGAAAUAUCGUAUGUAACAGAAUUGCUGGGUUACCUUGAGCACUGGUUUUUGCAGCAUCUGAGACAAAAUGAGGGUACACUUCAUGAAGUUUCAAGAUAUCAAGAUCCAUAUAAAGAAGGAAAAACAGGAAAUUCCAAACCACUGAGAAGCCCAGUCCCCGUUAGAGUUACAAUCCACGGACACCGUCCCAAUGAAAACAAAACGGGAAAUGGAUCAACGCCAAAGCUCAUACUUCUCCCAAAUUCGAUAGAAGAUAUUUUCAGAGUUGCAGAGAGAAAAUUCGGAAAAAGAGGAAGCAAAAUUCUCAUGGCUGACGGCAUAGAAGUAGAACAAUUAAACGCGAUAAGGGAGAAUGAUGAGUUGUAUAUCCUCUAAUGAUCAAACUAAACAGAGAUUAAC